UCCAGUCCAGGAUGAGCCUGUUCAGUUCCAUGCUGCUGUUCCUGCUUUUCUUCAGAGCUCAUUUUGGAGAACCUACAGACAACUUUUCUGUUCUUAAAGAUGCCUGGCAUGAAGAUGAACUUGCCAAAAACUUUGGCAGCCCAAUCCACUGGGCUAACACCAUCCCAUGUCCUGAAAGGCAGUCAAGCUCCGGGACAGCAGGUCUGAAAUCCACACCAUCCCUUCUGUGCAAGCGUCAGGAGCCCCAAAUGCAAUCAUGGCAAGGAAUGAGUCCGGUGAAGAGCAGAGUGAUCUCCAUCCCUCAAGAGGCACGGCUUGUAGAACUAGAGAAGGAGCUCUCCACCUACAACUGGAAUUCAUUUGGCUUAAGAUAUGGCAAGAGGCAAGCGGUGAAACCAAGAUGCAAAUAUGAUGACAUGGAAGAACUCUGCAGAAGAAAGUGGCAGGGAGAAGGUGGAACAAAGAGCAGAAGAAAGUAUCCAUUUGCUCAGUAUUGUGAUGGAUUCAUUCUUCAGAGUUCCAAAAAAAUGGCUGCAGUAAAAGACAAUGCCUAG